UUUUUUUUUAUUCUCUUAUUCUUCUCUUCCCUUUUUCCUUGUUCCUUUUUAAUUUACUUUUUUUAAUUUUUUUUUUGUUUUUGCUCUAAUCGGCGUGCCACGCCCCACUGUCGUUCUUUUUUGUUACCACCAACCGCUCAUUUUUCACCUUUUUGCGCCGUUUUCCGUUUCGACAUUGGUGUCUUUCCACUCAUUUUAUCGACCGAGUGUAUAUACUUUCUCCAUUCUUUAGUUUAACAGCCGCCAUUCCAUUUCCUUUGCCAUGGCCACUUGUUGUGCAAGACUGAGCAAGUUGUACACAGUUACCACCAAUUCACUGUGCGCAUGUCUGGGCGUCGCUUUUAUCGCUUUCGGUCUCAUUGGAUAUGAAGACAAGUUUCACGGCGCCACACUCUUCCCACAAAUUUAUUUCACAUUAAUUGCGGUUUUGGGCGCGAUCAUUAUCGUGGCGGCUCUCGUUGGUAUGAUAGCUGCGUUUAUUAAACGACGAUCGUUGGUUAUCAUUUAUCUGGUGAUUGUGUUUGUGGCGCUCGUCUUUCAAGUCAUCAUUGGAGUGAAAGUGUAUCAGAAAAGUGGCGAUCCCGUUCAAUACCUUGCCAGUUUGUGGGGUAAUGCCUCCAUCCAAUCGCGCGCUGAACUCCAAAACGAUUUUUCAUGCUGUGGAUUUAAUACGGUGUCGGAUAAUCCUGCGCCUACGGAUCAGUGCGCGGCGGGAUCAGGGGCGGUGAUGAAUCCACCAUGUUAUGCGGUGCUGAGACAAUAUGUCAACUCGAGUUUCAGUAAAUUGUACUUGGUGAUUUUCGUCGCUUUGGCAAUCGAAGUGCUGUGUAUUUGCAACGGCAUCACCGUCCUGUGCACGCGAUCAAUCUACGGCCGUGACGAUGACGAAGAAGAACGUCGUCGACGAAGAAAAUCAGGCAUUAAACUCGACGACAUGUCUAUUUCCCCCGAUACACCCACCACCGCCGGAUCUUACAAUCAUUUUGGCGAUUACUACAAGGAGGAUGCCAACAGUACGUAUGGCGGUAAACCCCCCGGCAGCCGCUAUGAUAGCUACGAUAUGUACCGACAACAUCAUGCUUACGGUCGUGAUGGAGAUGAUGCCUAUAACGAUGCGUAUGCUCGAGGCAAAUACUACUAGUGACCCACUUUCUUCCCCCUUGUUUCUGUUAUUUUCUGUCCCUCCUCUUACUGAUCGCAUACCCUCUCUUUCUUGGUUUUCUUUGCUUCAUCUCGUUUUUUAUUUAUCUUUGUCACAAACAUCAUGAAUUGUCAUGCAUGUUGAACCCUUUUUUUUCCUUCUGUUUUUCUUUGAUAUAUAUAUUUCAUUUUGAUUCAGAGCUUUCUAUUCCGUUGUUUCCUUGUUCCUUUUUUUUUUUUUCCUUUUUCUGUAAUAUCAUUACUUAUCGUUUGUUCUUUUCCUAGUAUGCAUUUUUUUCAUUUGAUUUUAAUCCUGUGAUUGUUU